GCAUACCCCAACCCCUCCAUGUUCCAUUUAACUUAAACAACUUCCCUAAUACAUGUUCUCCACACAUAUCCCUAAAACCCUCAAAAAGAAAAGGCUCCAACCCCUUACAUUUUUUCUAUAAAAUCCUUCACAUUUUAUCUUACCAUAAGAUAAGUCCAUUUGAAUUCCUUUAUUAAUCCAAGAAAACAAGAAUAUGUGUUCUUACAAGUUCAAGAAACAAGGAGGAGUUGUUGAUAUUUCAUCACAAUCAAUCUCUCAUAUCAAUGGUCGUCCUGUUCUUCAACCCUAUAACAAUUCCCACAAAAAAAAUAAUUCAUGUAAUGUCAAGAUUUCACCUUCUCCCAAAAUCAAGAAAGUUAAUGUGUUGGAUACAAAUACAAGUAAUGAGAAAAGUAUGACACCCAAAAUCACAAAAUCAAGUCCUCCUAUUUCACCUAAAAUCAAGCCAACUAUCAAGAAAGUGAAGAUUGAUUCUAAAAACACAAUCUUGCACAAAGAUUCAUCUUUUAUGAUUGUUGAAGUUGCUGGAAGUAUAGCAGCAGCAAGAAGGGAACAAGUUGCCAAUAGGCAAGUCCAGAGGAAACAGAGAAUUGCACAUUAUGGAAGAACUAAUUCACCCAAAUUACUCUCUGCUGCUGUGGAUUCAACUUCUAGAGAAGCCAAAAGAUGCAGCUUUAUCACACCUAAUUCUGACCCUAUGUAUAUUGCAUACCAUGAUGAAGAAUGGGGAGUUCCUGUCCAUGAUGAUAAUCUGUUAUUUGAGUUGUUGGUGUUAACUGUGGCUCAAGUUGGAUCAGACUGGACUUCAGUCUUAAAGAGAAGGCAAGAUUUCAGGGAUGCAUUUUCAGGAUUUGAUGCAGAAGUUGUUGCAAAGUACAAUGAAAAGAAGAUAAAUUCAACAAGCAUUGAAUAUGGAAUUGAGUUGAGCCAAGUUAGAGGGGUUGUUGACAACUCUAAAAGAAUUUUAGAGAUGAAGAAACAAUUUGGGUCAUUCGACAAGUACGUAUGGGGAUUUGUGAGCAACAAGCCCAUUAGAACACAAUACAAGGCUUGCAACAAAAUACCAGUAAAGACAUCAAAAUCAGAAACAAUGAGCAAAGAUAUGGUGAAAAAAGGGUUUAGAUAUGUUGGCCCAACAAUUAUACACUCUUUUAUGCAGGCAGUUGGGCUUACCAAUGACCACAUUAUCACUUGUCCAAGACAUGCCCAAUGUGCUACUCAAAAACCAAUUGCUAUGUGAAAACUUCACCUACUAACAUCAAAAAUUAAUAUAUUAUUGUUUAGUUAUACAAGACAUUGACUUAACUAGUAACCAAUAUAAGUUGUUAAGAUUGUAAUACAUAUAUAUAUAUAUAUACCCUUUUAGUUGUUUUUUUUUUUUGGUGGUUAAUUUAGAGGUAUGUGAAGAAGUAGGUGUUUUAUUUGUACAAUAUUUGGUUUUAGUUGAAAAAAAAAAAGAAGAGGAGAAGAUAUUGGAUGUAUGAUUUAGUUAUGUUUGAAUAUGUGAAUGAAAAUAAUUUGUUCCUUAAA